AAAAAGCCCCAAAUUUCUCCGCUCCCAAACGCAAUCGAGCCAAACCCGAACGUUAACUGAGACCAGAAGAAAAGCAAAAACAUCCACUCCCUCCUCUUCACCAGUCUCCAACGUCGCCACCCGAUUCAUCGCGUUUCGCAAAAUGGCGACGUUUGAACUGUACCGAAGGUCGACGAUCGGAAUGUGCCUCACGGAGACUUUGGAUGAGAUGGUUCAGAAUGGUACUCUCAGCCCUGAGCUUGCGAUUCAGGUUCUGGUUCAGUUCGAUAAGUCUAUGACUGAGGCUCUGGAAACUCAAGUUAAGAGCAAGGUCUCGAUCAAGGGACAUCUCCAUACAUAUAGGUUUUGUGACAAUGUUUGGACUUUCAUCUUACAAGAUGCUUUGUUCAAGAAUGAGGACAACCAGGAGAAUGUUGGACGGGUUAAAAUAGUGGCGUGUGACUCGAAGUUGCUCACACAAUGAAUUGCCAAUUUCUGCCACAUUGUCAACAAGGAGAAAUUGUUGUCAAUCAUCUGCUGGUAACUAUGGGAAUGUUGGGUCAGAUUAAUGUUACAGGAACUAGCAUCUUUAUAGUAUGUUACAUAUUUAAAUGUGAUCGAUCUUCAUGUCAUUAGGUAAUUAAUGUUACAUUAAAAUUUGACAAUAUCUCUUCAGAGAUAGAUGUACUCUUUUUUAAACUGUACUAAAUUAUAUUCUUCCAUGAACACUGGUACAUGAAUUUUUCUCCAGCGAA